CGGAUGUGGGUGGACUUUGGGGUCAGUGAACAAAGUGCAUGCGGGACUGCGCAAUGACUGCCCUUUUCUUUGAAUAAGAGCUUCUUUAACUCUUAUGGACAUUUUUAUUUUAGCAUAGGGAAAUAUAUAGAAAUAUCUGCCGUUACCGAUGGAUUACACUUGAGGUGCUCUUAGUAAUGUGGGCUGAAAUCAACACCGACAUUCUGGAGUGAAAGGGCUUUUACGGUAGUGCGCACGUUAAAUGUAAUUCAGAAGCGAACCCAAUGGACGUUCUUGGAGAAAACGAGGCCCUGCAGCAGUUCUUCAGUGGACAAGAUGUGAGUGGUGUGUUGGAGAGUGCUGUGGUAGACACCAGUAUUCUGGAGCAGUAUUUGAGCAAUGAGACAGAUCCCACUUUCAUCUUACCUGAAUCACCACCCGAUUCUGCAUCAGAACGUAGUUCACCACCGCAAAUUCGAGAUUCCCGAUGGUCCACUGAACAAUGCAGCCAGGAUGCAUAUAGCAUAUCAGCAGCCGCCUUCCCACCACCCUGUCCCUUCAAAGACCGAAAACAAGAUCACUGUGAAGGUUCUGGACACGUGUAUGACGUUGGCAGAAACUUGGGGACUCAUAUCAAGGCUAUUUCUCCUGCUUUGGUCUCUCAGAACAGUGUAAACGCAACUACAGAAGCAACCACAUGCAAGUAUGCACCCAUCCCUGCUGUCCCCCAGUAUACCCAGUGCCUAUCAACAGCUCAUCCAGCAGGACAUUUGCCCGCGAAUGCUGUUGCGGCCUCCUCAUGUAUGCCCCAUGCUUCUCUCCCAGCGACUGUGUACCAUUAUAUGCCUCCAAAACACAACCAGCAUGAAGGGAAUAGUUUUCACGAAAACAAGAAAAGAAGAAGGUCAAACUCUUUCGAGGGGCACCCGGAGCAGUCCACAGACCCAGUAUGGGACAAACCAUCAUUCUGUCCGGAGAGUGGCUCGUAUGAAGCGCAGUCGUGCGAAAGCGACACCGCCGGUGGAAGUCCGGCAUGCGGGUUUCACCAGCAGCUCACGUGGGAUCGCUAUCAGCCCAGUCAGUGGUGCACACUCCACAACAGCAGAUCUGAAACACUGCCACCUCCGGGUUACCACGUGGACACCGACAAGGGUUUCAGCUUCUCCGCAGCCGAUGAAGCCUUUGUGUGUCAGAAGAAGAACCACUUCCAGGUGACGGUUCACAUAGGCAUGGUCGGAGAUCCCAGAUUCAUUCGAACGCCCGUCGGUCUGAUGCCGGUCGAGAGCUUCCACGUCAAGGUCUUUGGAGUCAAGCUCGAAGCACCCAACCAUUCGAUCACUAUAGAGCAGUCCCAGUCGGACCGAAGCAAGAAGCCUUUCCUGCCGGUCAGAGUAAAUCUACCAGGAGACAAAAUCACCAAAGUGACAUUAGGACGCUUGCACUUCAGCGAAACCACUGCCAAUAACAUGAGGAAAAAGGGCAAACCCAAUCCUGAUCAGAGGUACUUUAUGAUGGUGGUGGGUCUGUACGCCACUGUGAAGGACGAGAGCUUCCUGCUGGUCGCGAAUGUUUCUGAAAGAAUCAUUGUUAGGGCCUCCAACCCUGGUCUGUUUGAGAACGAUAGUGAUGUUCUCUGGCAAAAAGGACAUGCCCCAGAGUCCAUAGUGUGCCAUGGGAGGAUCGGCAUCAACACUGACAGCCCUGACGAGGCUUUGGUGGUUUGCGGGAACACCAAGAUAAUGGGCAACGUCAUGCAUCCCUCAGACAGACGAGCCAAACAAAACAUUCAAGAAGUGGAUUCAACGGAACAGCUCAAGAGGAUAGCUCAGAUGAGGAUUGUGGAGUACGAUUAUAGACCAGAGUUUGCCUCAAGGAUGGGGAUCGACCAAUGUCAUGAAACAGGAAUCAUCGCGCAGGAAGUCAGAGAACUCCUGCCUUCGGCUGUAAGAGAGAUGGGGGAUAUAACUUGCAUAAAUGGGGAGACGAUUGAUCAGUUCCUUAUGGUGGACAAGGAACAGAUUUUCAUGGAGAACGUGGGUGCUGUGAAGCAGCUGUGUAAACUCACUGAUAACCUUGAGAGUCGCAUUCAAGAGCUUGAGGUCUGGAACACUCGCCUGGCCAAACUGAAGACGCUCGGCAGCAUGCGCUCCAACAGCAAAGCUCCUACUAAAGGGAAAAUCAACAAAAACUGCACAUCCCGUGCAGAACUGCCAUCACCAGUACCAUCUCCCUCUCAAUCUAGCAAAAACUACUUCUGUGGAAGAUACAACCACUGUCUUCAACACCGAGUAUUCCAAGCUAGCAUUAUCAUGCUAGUCACAACCAUGGCUCUUUGUGUCAUUUCUAUCACUGCUCUCUAUAUGUUGACGUUACAAGAGGACAUGGAUUUCAAUAGCAGUUUCAACGACUCCAACGUUAUACCAGCCUACACCACGCCAGCAGCACUGACCACAGCGGCCUCCACUGCCUCUCCUGGUCCCUGGCCUCCAGACAUCGAUUUCUCCAAUGUGUUUUAUUCAGACGAGGUCUACUGCUGUCCCUCUACUUCAAUUCCCAAUCACAGCACCAACCUGACAGGCACCGCCGUCCCUUUCAACUUUUUGUCACACGUAGUCACCAAUCUGAGAAAAACAGUCGAAGGGUGGUUAGAAAGCCUGCCGGAGAAGCUGAUCAACUCUACUGACUGGACAAACACGACAAUACAAUCCAUCUUCAUAACACAAAAUCACCAAGCGAUAGACCAGCAGUACUGUCAGGAGAACUGUGGGAAGGGAAACCACACCUACUAUAUUCCACUCAGCAAACACAUCCCGCCCAACAUGCCCAUAACUCUCCAAAUGAACACACCUGAGCUGCUGGUGAUCCGGCUGUGUUCACGUGAUGAAAGUGAACAGUGCUCUUCAGUACUCGACUACAACGGCCCAGAGUCAGACGCUGCUCUCAACACACAGGGCUACAUACAUAAGUGGACAUUGGCAGUGGCAAACCAUCGCCGUGCCUCCUACCACUUCCGCACUUCAGUGGCAGGUUUGGCCGAUUGUAGCACCGAUCAUAACUACGCAGGAGUUCUAUUUACUGACUACCAUUUCCAGUUCUUCCGUCGCUGUGACUGAUCAACACCAGAUGACGCUGCGGUCAGAACAGCCCUCCAGAAGCUACAUCCGGUAUCUGACCAUGUCGGAGGAAGAAAGUUAUUAAUAUUUGUUGCUGAAAAAAGCGAUUCGAAAUACGUUUUUUUCUUACUUUUAAAACGUUUCUUAUUCUCAUUUUUAGUUUCGGAAUUUAUCUGAUCGCACUCAGAUCAUCGUUUGCUGUGACCGACUGCUCUGUGUAUUCCUUUAGUGAACUGAGCGCAUUUCAUAUGUACUGCUGUGUGCAAUGAUGUUGACCGAAAACUUUGUGUAAAUAAUAAAAUCUAGUGAAAAAUCGA